GCCGGAAGUGGGUCGUCAGUGGGCUCGAGGAGACGCUCUGUGGAAAAACCAGAAACAUGGCGGGCCGGACUCGGAUCGUGAGCCUGCUCCAGCAGCUCGAGCGUGCCGCAUGCAGAUGUCCUGCCCACUCCAACACCCUCCACCACGGUGCUGGAGCUGCAGCCUGCACUGUUGGGAAAACAGACUAUGCUUUCGAGAUGGCGAGUUCCAACAUUCGAUACGGGGAAGGAGUCACCAGAGAGAUCGGCAUGGACUUGCAGAACCUCGGGGCUCGUAACGUCUGUGUGAUGACAGAUAAGAACUUGUCGAGUCUCCCUCCGAUGAAGGCUGUCCUGGAGUCUCUGGCCAAAAGCGGAGUCAAUUAUAAAGUGUAUGACACCGUCCGUGUGGAGCCAACAGACUCCAGUUUCAAAGACGCCAUCGCAUUUGCAAAGAAAGGUUCGUUCGACAUGUUUGUGGCAGUGGGCGGCGGCUCUGUGAUCGACACCUGUAAAGCAGCCAACCUGUACUCGUGCUUCCCGGAUGCGGACUUCCUGGACUUUGUCAACGCUCCAAUCGGGAAGGGGAAGCCUGUUACGGGAGCGCUGAAGCCCCUGAUCGCAGUCCCGACGACUGCCGGUACCGGCAGCGAGACCACUGGAGUGGCCAUUUUUGACUACGAGCCCUUAAAGGCCAAAACUGGUAUCGCCAGCAGAGCUCUCCGGCCCAUGCUGGGCAUGGUGGACCCGUUGCAUACCCUCAGCAUGCCCGAGAGAGUCGCCGCCAACAGCGGCUUCGACGUCCUCUGUCAUGCUCUGGAGUCGUACACCGCCCUGCCCUACAGCCAGAGGAGCCCCUGCCCCCCCAACCCCAUCAACCGCCCCGCCUACCAAGGCAGCAACCCCAUCAGUGACGUGUGGUCCCGCCACGCCCUCCAUGUCGUCGCCAAGUACAUGAAAAGAGCGGUGCGGGACCCCCAGGACCUGGAGGCUCGCUCCAGCAUGCAUCUGGCCAGCGUGUUUGCUGGGAUCGGCUUCGGGAACGCCGGAGUUCACCUGUGUCACGGGAUGUCGUACCCCAUCGCAGGAAACGUCAAGACUCACGUGGCGAAGGGUUACUGUGUGGACCACGCUCUGGUGCCUCACGGACUCUCGGUGGUCCUCACGUCUCCGGCGGUCUUCAACUUCACCGCCCCGAUGUGUCCGGAGCGCCACCUGGAUGCUGCAGAGAUCCUCGGUACAGACAUCCGGCAGGUGAAGCGGGACGACGCGGGCGCCGUCCUGGCUGACACGCUGCGUCGCUUCCUGUACGACCUGAACGUGGAGGACGGCCUGGGAGCUGUGGGAUACAGCAAGGACGACAUCCCGGCGCUGGUGAAGGGAACCAUCCCUCAGGAGCGAGUGACCAAACUGUCCCCCAGAGAGCACACAGAGGAGGACCUCAGCCGCCUCUUCGAGGCGUCCAUGAAGCUCUACUGAGGAUGAGGAACAUGUCUGGAUACAGUUCUUCCAGCAGCCACCAGAGGCCGCCGUUUGAGUUCUAAUUUUCUUAACAACUGAUCUGUGAAUGAUGUUGUGCAGAUUAAUCCCGUUGAUCCAUAACAAACCUUCACAUGUAACAAUAUAAGCUAUUUUACCUUUAAUAGAAGAAUUAUUGCUGUUAUUUUCUCAGCUGACAAUCCAGAUGCUCUUGAAUGAAGCCAGCAUACGCUACUAAAGAAUGUUUUGUGAUUUUAUUCAAAUGCCUUUUUAGAUGAAGAAGUCAUUGAACAUUUUCUAAUCUGCAUACCAAACAAAGAUGACUGCAGUUUGGUGCAGCGUUCUGUGAAGGGAAACAAGGACCUGAUUGAAUUUCUUGGGGGGGGAAACCUGAAUGGAGUUGAGUGUGUGUCUGUCAGUGUGUUUCUUAGAAAUGCCUGUGUGCCAUCGGCCACUUCAAUCCAAUUUAACCUGAUCCAGUAAUGGCCGUUAUAUAAACCUGGUCUGACCGUGUUUAACUGGUUUAACCCCGUGAGGAGGGAACGAGCUAAAGACAGGAGCGAACUUGAACGCAGCGCUUAAACACUCCUGAGUUCACUGUCUGAUUCAGGACCUGCCAGUCAAAUCAAUAAAGUGGUGCAAUAA